AUGCAUAUCGAAUCUAUUCCGAUGUGGACCGGGUCGGGCAACAAUUAUGCCUACCUGAUAUCCGACGAGCCGUCAAAGGAAACAAUGGUGGUGGACCCCGCAAAUCCUCCGGAAGCCAUCCCGGUUCUGAAAUCCCAUAUCGAUAGCGGUAAAAUUAACCUCAAAGCGAUCAUAAACACUCAUCAUCACUACGACCAUGCCGGUGGAAAUGAUAGGAUCCUCAAAGAAUUCGGAAAGUUACCUAUCAUAGGGGGAAAAGAUUGUCAGUCCGUCACCAAAACUCCUAAACACGGAGAGACAUUCAAAAUCGGGGAGCGUAUUAAGGUAACUGCUCUGCAUACGCCAUGCCAUACCCAGGAUAGCAUCUGCUAUUUCGCGGAGGAUGGGGAUCAGCGUGUCGUAUUUACGGGGGAUACGCUUUUCAUUGGAGGAUGCGGCCGAUUCUUCGAAGGAACUGCUCAACAGAUGCAUAUCGCGCUCAAUGAAACACUUGCUAAUCUUCCAGAUGAUACUAAGAUCUAUCCCGGCCACGAAUAUACAAAACAGAAUGUGAAAUUCUGCAUUUCAGUAUCUCGGACAGAGCCAAUCAGACAGCUAGAAAAGUUUGCGGAGGAGAAUAAGGAGACCCAGGGCAAAUUUACUAUGGGUGAGGAGAAGCUACAUAACGUGUUCAUGAGGGUCAAUGACCCCGAAAUCCAAAAGGCGACGCAGAAGACGGAUCCUGUUGAUGUGAUGCAUACCCUGCGGGAGAUGAAAAACAAUAUGUAA